CGCAGAUCAACAAAACUACACAGUCCAUUGAACAUCUAAGAAUGGGACACGCAUCAGCAGAGUAGAUGGAGCCUGCCUGGCCGCCCAUCUCCCUCUCUCUCUCUGUCCACCUGCCUGCCUGCCUGUCUGUCUGUCUGCCUGCAUGUCUGGGUCAAUGCGCCCCUUCCCCACGCCCAGCCUAGCGCUCACAGACAAAAACUGACCGCCACAGACAUCAGACAUCACUCACCAAAUCAGGCACGACACACACACAGCGCCACACAUCGAGGACACUCACACACAGAUGAGCACCACUCACGGACAUGCACCGCGCUCCCCCACCUCCCGUCCUCUCCUUAUCUGUGUCUCACUCACUGGUUGCCCCCAUUGCUGAACACCGGCAACGGCACCUUCUGUGCCACCUGCCGAAAGUUGCGGACGCCCGACAGGCUGGACGUCGACGCACUCCGCAUCAAACCCAUCGCAGGCCUACCAUCAGCAGCAGCCUGGCCACCACUUGCUGCUGCCGCCGCUGCAGCCGGCUGCUGCUGCUGCUGCUGUUGUUGUUGCUGAGGAUGAUGCUGCUGUUGCUGAUGGAAGUUUGAGUUCAGGACGAAUCCGCCCCCAGCCACCAUGGUCAGCCCGGCGGGUGCCCGUGAGGGGCCUGGCUGGGGGCGUGUGUCGUCCGGCGGGGGCCGGUGGGGGGUCAUGAAACAUGGCAUCUGAGGGGGUGGCUGACAAGGGAUGGACAGAGAGAGACGUACGACAAUGUCUUGCCUGUCUUCUCUCUGCCUGUCUCACUCUCACUCUCUCUCUCUCUCUCUCUCUCACCGCAUAGAAGGGGUUUGGGCGAUGCGGAGGGUGAACAGGGAAGCAUGGUAACCCAGGAGGCCAGCCAGAGCUCCCAGCACCCACACCCACACCAGCGCCAGCACUGGCACCCACACCCGCACCUCCAUCGCCAUUCCCAGCAGCCUGUGUGUGGUUGUGCGGGGGGUGGUGGAUGACCGUCUCCCUGUCGCUCCCCUGGUCAGCUGCAGGGGCCGCAACGGCAGAUGGCGGGGGCAUGGGCGAUAGCUUGGGGUGGCGGCACGGGAAAAUCGGGUUGAGGUACGCGUCCAUCUGCGGCCCCUUGUCGCGGAGAUCCAGGUAGUUGGCACGCAGCCACGUGUGGCCGGGGGUGAAGGGGUCCUCCAAGGCCUGCAGGCACAUCAACAGACAGACGGGAUGGCAUGCCUGUGCACUGACUGGGUGCAGUGAGUGCGUGGUGGUGGUUUCAUGUGUGCUAAGGCAAGGCACCCCUCUGGCAGUGGGCCUGUGGCUGGGGGUGAAUUGGAGCAGGGCGCAGAGGAACUUCUGUGCGUCGUUUGGGAUCCUCACACCCUUGGUGGCUAUGACGUCUUUCACGACCCUCUCGGGCCACCCUCGAGUGUUGACAAUCUGAAACACCCUCUGAGAGAGAGAGAGAGAGAGAGAGAGAGCGCCACAUCUCUCUGUGUCUCUGUCUGUGCCUCUGUCUGUGUCUGUGUCUGUGUCUGUGUCUGUGUGUGCUGACGUCUGGGGACGAGUGGCCGCGAAAUGGGUUGUGGUUAAGGAGCAACUCAAACAGCAGUAUUCCGAUAGAGAAUAUAUCCACCUCCUGGCCAUACGGCUGACCCGUCUUGUUCACCACCUCGGGAGCGGCGUACUCGACCGUGCCGGCCAUGCCACACCUGAUAUAUACCACCCGAGCCACAAACACACACACACUAUGGCAGUCGGUUGUGUCUCAACCCAACUGUCUGGCUAGCUGACCAUUCCUCCCCCUGUUUUGCGGCCCAUCCGAAGUCUGUGAUCUUGACGGUGAGGAAGCAGCCUCCUUGAUACCACUCCCACGCACACAUGAAGUUGUCCGGCUGACAGACACAUGGAUCAAGACACACCGACACACACACAUGGAGGGAGGGAGGGAGGGAGGGAGGGGACACAGACAUCGCAUAGGUGUGGGUGGAUUCAUGGAGGCGGAUGAGCUGAGCGCACCUUCAGAUCACGAUGGACGGCACCCCUGCAGAGGAGAGGAGACACCGGGCAGGCACGCAGUGGGUGGAUGCUCUCUGCGUGUGUGUGUGUGUGUGUGUGUCCAGUCUGUCUAAUUGCUUACGCUUCAUGUAUAGCCGCCACUCCCUCCAGCACCUGCCCCACGAACCAGCACGCCAAACUCUGCGGAAUGAACGGCGCCUUCAAGCCCGUGCGUGUCCUACACACAGACAACCACAACCACACACAUCCAUCCAUCCAUCCACCCACUAGAGCACUUCCGUGGGUGUGCAGGGUGUGCCUACUUUGCCAGGAAUGCGCCAAGGUUUUGGGGCAGGCAUAGUUCCUGGACCAUAAAGUAGUAGCUGUCCGGACGGCCGUGUUGGUGGCGGUCCUCGUGGGUUGCGAUAUACUCAUACAGCCGCACCACGUUCCGGUGGUGAAUCACGCUCUGCAACUCUACCUCGCCAUACAACUGCCCACGCAGACACACACACACACAAGAAGACACGCAAUGCACACACACCGUGGCCUACUGCUCUCUCCCUCACUCCCUCCCUCCCUCCCUGUCGCCUUUUGGCCGACCUGGUUGAGCAUGGACCGCUCGUGCAGCGGCUUGGUGGCGACCAUCUUGAUGGCCACCCUCGCCCCGUCGCUCUUGCGCGUGGCCUCCGACACCAGUGCAUACGACCCCCACCCCAGCACCUUGGGGACGCACGUCAGACCGGGGGCCGGCGGGGCGUCACACGUGCUGCCCUCGCUGAACACAUCGGCUGAUGGGGUCUUCCAGUAACACUGAAGAGACAGACAGGGAGAGAGAGGUAAAGACAUAAUGGUGCUCUUGUGUGCUGUGGUGGAAGGGAGGAGGGGCCAAGGGGUGGCGGCGUUCUUACGUCGAUUGCAUAUCGGUCAGUGAGGCUUUGUGGGAGCCUGCGAGGCAGCCGGGUGAGGCUGGUGAGCGUGGCGCCGUUAGCGUAACACGUCCCCCACAUCUUCUCCUCGAUCUCCGCACUCUGCACGAACCCCUCCCCCUCGCCCUCCCCCUCCCCCUCACCCAUGUACUCCGCCCACCCCCCUCCCUCUAUAUAGCCGUGAUGACCACCGCCAUGCGCAUUCCAGCAGCCCCCCGUCUCCCCUACACAUAUGGGAAAUGCCGCCGCCUCAUGGUCAAUGUGAUCGCCACUGCCGUCAGUGUAAAAGCCGCCAGGGUCCCUGCCGUCUCCCUCCGGCAGCAUGAAGGGAGGGACGGGCAGAGGGGGCGGAGGGGGCGGCUGGCCGGGCGGCACUCCCGCACAGUGCCAAUCAGGCGGCCAGUCCGCAGCUGGAGCAUACAUCAGCUGCUGGGAAUGUGAGCCGAUGCGAUUGCGAUCACUCUCUAGCACAUCAUCAGGAUGCGGCAAGGGGGGGGGCGGCGGCGGCGGCGGCGGCCGAUGGGGAUACCCACAGUGGCCGUGGCCACCAUACACAGGGCCGCCCAAGAGAGGGGCAGGCAUCUGGCGGCCAUGAGACAGGGACAUCUGUUCAGGUACUGGUGCGCGUGGCGGGGGCGGCGGGGGACGUUGUUGGCGGUGUUGCUGAUGCAGAUUGGUCGGCAGCUUCGGCUUGGGCAGCAGUGGAAGGUUCCUGCUCGAUUGCAUAGGCGUGUUCGGUUCAGUUGCUGGUGGGGGAGGGGGAGGGGGCGUUGUGUCUGGUGGGGGUGGCGGCGGCUGAUGCGGCUGAUGGCACAGCUGCUGCUGGCGUGACCCCUUAUAAAUCGCAGGGCCGUUGCAUCCCCCAUUAGCAACAGCAGCAGGAAACGCGCCAAGAAUCCCUUUCGACGUAGAGGCGGACGCGGCCGCGUUCUCGUGAGGCUGAGCCAUUCCCCACCGAUUGUACCCAUGAUAGCGGGGGUGGGGCUGAGCAUGAUGAGCAUGAUGCUGAGCAUGAUGCUGAGGCUGUGGGCAUGGGUUUGGAUGGUGCAGCACGGCCCCUCCGGCUCCCUGCUGCAAGGCAAUGUCCAUCUGGUGCCGAAUGGGCCUCAGCUUGCUCACGUUGGGGGGCCCUCUGGGCGGCUGCAGGAUGUGAGGCCGAGGAGAGGGGGAGAGAAUGCCGUGGCCUCGUUCCUGACACCGUAACGCAGAGGAAGGCCUUCCGCCGGGGCUUCUGGCUCGGGCAGGGGACAAUGCCCGGUCAUGGGUGUCGGCUUGGUGGGAGUUAGGCCCAGGGUAAGGAUGUAGUGGCCUCAUUCUUGCCUGCG